GUGUUAGUCAACUGCUCAACUGUCAGUUUCAUACUCUGUGAUUUUGAUUCCGGUUUUUUGCAUUUUCAUCCAACUCUUUUUAGAUUUUAGUGAAAUUACCCCUAAAACUAAUCUAAAAUGUUCCGCAACCAGUACGACAGUGACGUCACGGUGUGGAGCCCCCAGGGCCGCCUGCACCAGGUGGAGUAUGCCAUGGAGGCUGUAAAGCUCGGCUCAGCGACUGUUGGUCUCAAGAACAAACAGUUUGCAGUUCUGAUUGCCCUGAAGCGGGCCGUGAGCGAGCUGUCUGCUUACCAGAAGAAGAUCAUUCCUAUUGAUGAGCACAUUGGCAUCUCCAUCUCGGGGCUGACUGCUGAUGCUCGAAUGUUGAGCCGUUUCAUGCGCACCGAGUGCCUGAACUACAGCUACGCGCACGACUCGCUGCUGCCGGUGGGCCGCCUCAUCACCAUGGUGGGCAACAAGAUGCAGAUCUGCACGCAGAGAUACGACAAGCGCCCACUCGGAGUCGGCCUGCUGGUUGCUGGUUAUGAUGACCAAGGCCCCCACAUCUACCAGACGUGCCCGUCUGCCAACUACUUCGACUGCCGAGCCAUGGCCAUCGGGGCGCGCUCGCAGUCCGCCCGCACAUACAUGGAGAAGCACCUGAACACGUUCCCCGACUGUGACCUGAAUGAGCUGGUGGCCCACGGGCUGAGGGCUCUGAGGGACACGCUGCCUAAUGAAGUGGAUCUGAACACUAAGAACGUGUCCAUAGCCAUCGUGGGCCCCGACACUCCUCUCCGCUUAGCCGACGAGGACACUCUCGCUCGCUACCUGGCGCUGGUGGAGGGUGAGGAGCGGCGCGGGGCGGCGGCGGGGGGCGCGGGGGGCGAGGGCAGCACGCCGCCGGACCAGGAGCCGGCGGUGCCGCAGGUUGCCAUGGAAACGGAGUAAGCGAUGACGAUAGACUACAGGGUGCUGCAGAAAUGGAUAAAGCCGCGUCUGAAGGGAGAUCUACUAAGAAAAAAUCGGCUUUCACACCCUGUAUGUUUAUGAAUACGCAUUACUGGAUUUCCACCCUUUCCGUCUUGUGUCCUAAAGAUUCGCCUUGGCCAGUGCUUGGUUCUUUUGUGCUAUAAGGGAUUUGAUAAAAUUUGAGGCAAACUAUGAGUAUAUAUUAGAGCCAUUUCGCCAAAAAACUACAUUGUUAUUCCCCCUAUUUUCAUCGAGGGUUGAAAGCAAGCUUUGAACUAUAGGGUUGCAUCAUCAUAGCGAAACAAUGAGUAUACUGACUGAGGAAAUUAGUAAUACUAAUCAAUCCCUAUCCAUAAUCAACCUUUAUGUUCAGAAUGGCAGAGUACACGUUUGGUUGCUUGAAUCAAUUAACAAAGCCUUUUAAUGUUAUUAUUUCCGAUAUAAAUUAGCAUCGCUACCUAAUCCAAAUACUCGUGCUUUAUGUAGUAAGCUUGGCUUUUCAUAUUUUUUCUCAGAAUAGUUUAAAAUGACCGAGUACUGGCCAGGGCAGUAUUAUGAAAGUGUAUAAUAUGCGGUAUUCUUAUUUUAUAUAAUUUCUUCAAAAUAAAACAAUUUAAAAAGUA